GGUAGCGCUCGAGCGGGGCGGGCGGGGGGCGGGGCCGGAGCGCUAUAAAUACUUCGCGAGCUCGGGCUCGGACCCAGACCCGAUCGCGGCGCUGGGUGACGGGGAGCGGGGUCCUGCUGCCGAGACGGACGGAGGCGGCUGUGAGGAUAUCUGCUACUAACCAUGUCGACGGAGCUCCAGGAUGCUCACCUCUCAGAGGUGAAACCUCUGGUAGAGAAAGAUGAGGGAAUCACUCGCCUUCUUCAAGAUUUUGAUGUUCAGGAGCAAGAUGUUGAGACCCUUCAUGGCUCUGUCCAUGUUACUAUGUAUGGGACUCCCAAAGGAAACAGGCCUGCCAUCCUAACAUACCAUGAUAUUGGAUUGAAUCACAAAACUUGCUUCAACCCCCUCUUCAACUUUGAAGAUAUGCAGGAAAUAACACAACAUUUCGCAGUCUGUCAUGUGGAUGCACCAGGGCAACAAGAUGGAGCAGCAUCUUUCCCAGCUGGAUACAUGUAUCCCUCCAUGGAUCAGCUGGCAGAAAUGCUCCCUGGGAUCCUAAAACAGUUUGGGCUGAAAAGUGUUAUUGGAAUGGGAACUGGAGCUGGUGCCUACAUCUUAACUAGGUUUGCUCUGAACAAUCCAGAAAUGGUGGAAGGACUAGUUCUCAUCAAUGUAAACCCUUGUGCUGAAGGAUGGAUGGACUGGGCAGCGACUAAGAUUUCAGGAUGGGCUCAUGCCCUUCCAGAUAUGGUCAUUUCACAUCUUUUUGGGAAGGAAGAGAUUCAUAACUGCCAUGAUCUGAUCCAGACUUAUCGCCAACAUAUUGUCCAUGAUAUGAAUCAAACCAAUCUUCAUCUCUUUGUCAACUCGUACAACAGUCGAAGAGAUCUUGAGAUUGAGCGUCCUAUUCCUGGAACAAAUGUUGUUACUCUACAAUGCCCUUCACUGUUGGUGGUUGGUGACAGUUCUCCUGCUGUUGAUGCUGUGGUAGAGUGCAACUCUAAGCUGGACCCAACAAAGACCACACUCCUAAAGAUGGCAGACUGUGGUGGUCUCCCUCAAGUUUCCCAGCCUGCAAAGCUUGCAGAAGCUUUCAAAUAUUUUGUUCAGGGAAUGGGAUACAUGCCUUCAGCUAGUAUGACCAGGCUUAUGAGGUCCCGUACAGCAUCUGGUUCCAGCGUCACAUCUUUGGAGGGACAGAGGAGCAGAUCUCACACUGGGGAAGGAACAAGAAGCAGGUCCCAUACCGGUGACGGAAACAGGAGCAGAUCCCAUACUGGUGAUGGGUCCAGAAACCGCACCCACCCAGACGCACGCAUUGAGCUCACUCCUAACUCUGCAGGCAAUACCGAACAACCUAGCCCCAAAUCCAUGGAAGUUUCCUGUUAAAUACCCCAAAAAAAAAAAACCACACAAACCUGGAUGUAGUUUGAAACUGUAAAAGUUUUAAUGACUGCCCACUGUGUAUCGCAACACAUAGCUGGUAUUAAUAUCAAGCUUUUCUGUAAGAUGAACUCUGUUCACCAGUUUGAAAGGGACCAAAGAAAGCAAACAUCUCAAUUGCUCUAUUUUUAUUACUUAAUACAGAUGGUUGCUGCUAUUGUGCCCUCCUCCAACUGAUGCCAAAAUUUAAGGGCUGCGUGCCAAAAGUUAUAUGGCUGUGAAAAUUUCAAAAUCAAACCAGACUUACCUAACAUCCUGUUCAAACAAAGUUUUGAAACUAUGAUAUGCCCACUUAUCUCGUUUUUUCUUUGGCUAAAUAAAGUGACCCAGUUUCUGGCAUGUUUAAAAAAAACAAAAAACAAAAACAAACCUAAGGCUUUGUUGGUGGAAGGGAAGCAGUGCUUUAUGGUUGACUUAAAAUGGUACAGCCUCAUGUUGAAGCUGGAGUUAAACUCAAAUUGUAUAUAGUUUAAUUUCAAAUAGUAGUAGGAAAAAAUUAAACUUGUGCAUUUGUAGGCCUUCUAAUUAGUAUUUGAACCUGUUUUUUUCCUAAGUACAAUAAUAUGCUACUAAAAUAGGCAAGGUUUUUUAUAUUGGGUUUUUUGAGAUUUAGUUCCUAUUGCCCCCACCCUCCUGGAUCCUAAAACCUGCUUAAUAAGACCCAGUUUAACUUUUAAAAGCAGGUUAAUAUUUUCUCUUUGGCGGGACCUUGAACCAAAGAGCUCACAACUUGGUGGCAUAGUUGACACUUACAGCAGCUGUACUUGACCAUGAUGACUGCUCAGUGAAAGCAGUUUUUACUUUCACAUUGUAUGGCUUUUAAUCUUUGGAGUUUGAGGUUUUUUGUGUAUCAGCACAAUUGUAAAACUCAGAAUUCUGUAAACCAAUCCAGAUACAGCUGUUAAUUGUUGAGGAAAGAUGAAAAACUGAGAUGGUUUGUAAUUACUGUGCACUCAACUGUCACUAAUUACUAGCUCCUAAAACCUCUGACUUUGAAUUUGCUGGUGCUGAGAAGUGUAUUCCACAGCAGUGGGAGGGGCAACUUUGUAAUUGAUAAACAUAAUAUUUAGUGACUGUAAAUUUAGGAAUGCAUGAUUCUGCAUCUUGGUGUAACCUACUGAUAUCUCCAGGUUAUCUUCUUUUGGAAGUAAGUGGGUAUGGCACCUUUCUACCACCCACAGGUUUUCAUAGUGUUCAGUUUUUCUUCUAUACAUACUGGGAGAGUCUUUCAUUUGCUUUGAUACAUAUUUGCUACAUCACAAUUCUUAUGUAGCUAUGAAAAGUGAGAUACUGAGUAGUUAAAUAGCAAGUGGUAAUACCUAAAUAUUUUGGGUAGUUCUUGUUCAGAAGAACACAAUUUAGGUUACUCCACAUUGACUUAACUUACACUCUUGUGCAGAGUUUCCAUGGUGGUUGGUAGAAAGAACAAACAUUAAAGAGAAUAAAGCUAUUGUGUAAAGUCUAUCAGAAGUUUUCUUAAUGAACUAUUUGUAUUUAUUUCAAAACAAAUAAAUUUGUAACUUUGCAGUG